AUGACGAACUACCUGCGGCGGAAACAACAGCCCGAAUUCAUGGGUGAACCGUCGCCGCCAGAGUCCAUCAUUGAUGAGCAUUUGAGAAACCUAACACCAGGCGCAAUGAUCUCCGCCGCCCCACCUCGCCCGCGCAACCGCCUCUCCUACGCCCUCUCCGCCUACUGCCGUUAUAACCACUUCUUCGGUACCGGAUCCCAUCUCUGGCCCAUUUCCCUUCUGAACCCUCCCUCUACCCCCGACUACAUACCACCUACCAUCAUCAUCCACGGCGACAAAGACACCGCAGUCAGCAUUGACGAUUCGCGUGCUUUUGUGAAGAAGGUUGGAGAGGUGAUGGGAGAGAAAGGCGCGGAGGUAAAGUUGGUAGAGAGGGAAGGUGAGGAUCACGGGUUUGAUAUGGAUGCAAGUGAGGGAGAGGAGUGGGUCAGGGAGGUUAUGCAGUGGGUUGAGGAGAGGUGGAUUGGAUAG